CUUGUGUAUUGCACCAAAUUAGUAGUUACCAUGUACACACCAAUCUCAUGUUCUCAAAAUCAGUCGUGGGUAGGAUACCUGGAACAAUCGGGAGUCCACACGAGUCUAUUUGGAAAUUCGUUGAUCAGCCAGCAUAUAUAUAUUUGGGUGAUAAAGGGGCGUUUCCCGAAACUUUCCCGCAAUCAUGUCUACUAUCCCAACGACUGAAGUCAUUAUCUUCGACACUUCAGAGGCGUUUCGAAAGGACAUCUCAGUUUUAGGCCCUGCGGCCGAUGUAGUUUCAAAGGUUGAUGGUGUCCGGAGGCCCGUCUACACUGGGACACAGAUCGAGAACCCAACUACAGGGUAUAUCUUCCUCAACUGGGAAAGCCUAGCGCACCAUCAGGCGUUGAUGGCUGCCCCCUCAUAUGGGUCCUGUGCUUGACGCUCUGAAACCCGCUUCGGGGGCCCGUUUAAGAUGUAUCAUGUCAUUUUCAACGACCAUCCCAUCGCAUUACAGCAGCCUGUCACAGAGGUUCUCCUCCUCACGCUCAAAGAUCCCAGUCAUCGCACAGAGGUGUUCGAGAUCCUCAGUAAGAUGUCGGACUUGACCAAGAAGAUGCUCGUGUUUGGGCCUACAGUGGAGAAUGAGAAUGAGAUUAUUCUUGUCGGCGGCUGGGCAAGCGUUGAG